AUGGCUGAUGACCCACAAAGGAGGCUUGCUCUUGUGAAACCAAAGCUACCCAAUGACAGAUCUCCACCAGGGUUUCUAGGGUUUGCUGUAAAUAUGAUCCAUAUUGAUGUUCCACAUCUGUCUUCUCUCACAAGAAAUGGAUAUGGUCUUAGAGAGACUCUUUUUUAUAGUCUCUUCUCAAGGCUACAGGUUUACAGAAGCAGAGCACAUAUGCUACAGGCAGUCCCUUGUAUAUCUGAUGGAGCCAUAUCACUUGAUGGUGGGAUGAUAAGGAGCAAUGGUGUCUUUGUUUCUGUCAAUCGCUAUUGUAUCAGGUGGACAGCACAAGACAAAAUCAAAACGCUGAGGGAAGCGGGUGUGACAGUGGUGGAAUCACCAACAAAGAUUGGAGUUGCUACGCUUGAGGAGAGUUUAUAUGGUACCUCCAUUGUUCCUGGAUAUACACCGAGACCAUUUUGCACUCACACAGAUUCAACUGGUAGGGAUAUUGUUAAUUUUUCAAAGUAAAAAAAAGGGUUGAUUGAUCGAGAAAAAAGAAAACACGAACACUCCAUGGCUAAUAAGAAUAAAAAAAUAAAGAUAUGGGGCAAAAAAGUCUUUGUUUGGCAGCUUGGACAAACUUUGUAGCACCUGAUCGUCCAUGCCACUCUUGUUACAGGACAUGAGUAUGGGCACAUCAUGGAACAUUUUAGGCCAGUUGUUGGUUUUCCUUUUGGUGAUCCAUCAAUGAAGUGGCCAACAUCAUGUAAUAACAUUUUAGGGGAAGAUGUAGGUAUAUGUUUUUUAAUGAAUAAUGUAAUCAUAUGUAUGAAUAUGAAAUAAAGUUUGUUAUUUGUAUGACACUAAAUUUUAUGCAAUGGAUUGU